CGACGAGGAGCGGAAUAAACUGCCUUAUACAAAUGCUGUGAUUCAUGAGAUCAUGCGCUAUGGUAGCAUUAUUUUAAUCACAAUUCCUAGACAAGCAGUGAAGAACACAACUGUUCUGGGAUAUCAGCUUCCAAAGGGUACUCUCAUUUUGCCAAACAUAGACUCAGCUCUUUUUGACCCUAAAUACUGGGAAACCCCUUACCAGUUCAACCCUGGUCAUUUCUUGGACACGGAUGGAAAUUUUGUGGCCAGAGAAGCCUCAGCCUUUUCAGCAGGGAGGUACCAGCAGAGCAAGAUAAACUGGAUUUAUCCUCUAUGUAUACAGAAGCUUUUCAGACGCAAGUUUCUGAAACUGCAAUGGCUACGAAGACGAUAUCCUCCUGGACCAACUCCGUAUCCCUUCUUUGGCAAUCUGCUGCAGAUGAACUUCCAAAUUCAUCAUGACAUCCUUAAAAAAGUGGCCAAAGCUCAUGGCAACAUUUUCACACUAUGGCUUUCAAACAUUCCUGUAAUUGUCCUGCAAGGGUUUCAGGCAGUGAAGGAGGGUCUGACUGCCCAUGCUGAAGAGGUUGCUGGAAGGCCAACCUCAAUGGUCUUUGAAUUGCUGACUCAUGGAAAUGGUGUUAUGUUCUCUAAUGGUCAUCUCUGGAGGCAACAGAGGCGCUUUGGAAUCUCAAUAAUGAGGAAAAUGGGAGUAGGGAAAAAAGACCAUGACUACCGAGUACAAGAGGAGGCCCAUCGCCUGGUGGAGUACUUGCAGAAAACAAAUGGAAAGCCUCUGGACCCCACAGUACCUGUUGUUCAAGCUAUCUCAAAUGUGAUUUCUGCUGUGAUUUUUGGACAUCGCUUUUCUGUAGAGGAUGAAAAUUUUCGCCGCUUGAUUGAAGCCAUUGAUGAUUUAGCAGCAUUUGGGAACAGCGUCUCUUUUUUUGUAUUUGAAUGGUUUCCCUGGUUUGCAAGGCGUUUCCUAGAACCAUGCAAGAAGGCUAUGUCUGACAUAAGUUUUGUGAACGCUUUAUUAGCAGAAGAGAUUGAAAGCCACAAGAAAAAAGGAAAAACAGAGGAAAAUCAAGAUUUUAUUGAUUUCUAUUUGGAUCAGAUAGCCAAAACUAAAGGAGAUGCUGAUGCUACAUAUAAUGAAGAAAAUUUGACUCAGAGUAUUUUCGACCUGAUUCUGGCAGGCACAGAAACUGGAGCCACCACUUUACGUUGGGCAUUGCUUUAUAUGGUGGUUUAUCCAGAUAUUCAAGAGAAAGUCCAGAAGGAGCUGGACACUGUUCUGGGUCCCUCCCAUUUAAUUUGCUACGAGGACAGAAAGAAGGUUCCCUAUACAAAUGCUGUAAUUCAUGAGAUCCAGCGAUACAGUAGUAUUAUCUUAAUUGCCCUUCCCAGAGAGAGUGUGAAGGAUACGGAGCUGCUGGGAUUUCAUAUUCCAAAGAACACCAUAAUUUUAUCCAAUAUUGACUCUGUUCUGUUUGACCCUGAAAAAUGGGAGACACCUCAUCAGUUCAAUCCAGGUCAUUUUCUGGAUGAAGAUGGAAACUUUGUAAACAGAGAAGCAUUCUUACCAUUCUCAAUAGGGCACCGUGUAUGCAUGGGGGAGCAGCUGGCAAGGAUGGAGCUCUUUAUUUUCUUUUCCACCCUGUUACAAGCAUUCAGGUUCAUCCUGCCAGAAGGGGUGAAAGAAGUCAACACCAAAUUUGUUUUUGGGAGCACCAUGAGGCCAGCUCCGUACCAGUUCUGUGCCAUUCCUCGAUAGGCAACGGUUCUCCACAGAUGCAGGGAGGACUUGCUCUGCAAGAGGAUUGAUGCAUGUGAAUCCCUCUUUGCGUAUCUUAAAAUUUUUGCUUUCCUUAUCUCAACGUUAAUGUCAGUCACUACCCUGACAGAUGUUCUUCAAACAGUUGCAUUCUGAGGAGUGUACCUACAAAAAGUUAAUCUUUCAUUCCUCUUUUCUGCUUUGAAAAUCUUGGUAAAACUCUCAUAAUGCAUAACAAAUAAAGGCAUGAAGGCAACAA